UUUAAACUGUGCCUGAACUACUAUGUUACUUUGAUGAAUAGGUAUUUAUAUUAUAUAAUCCAAUGUUUAAGCGUAAAUAUUUUGCAAAAAAUAAUAGUUUUUUUGCAUAUAAUUUGAUUUUUUGGGAGGUUAGUUGAAUAUUCAAUGUUAUGUUUCCCCUUCUUGGCCGUGGCUGAAGUCGACAUGCACUCAGCGGUCGAGAUAACUCAAGUGUUUUAAAGUCUUUGUCAAGAUGAAUGUACUGCUUCUCAAAGAGCCAAGAGAUGGAGGGUCCAUACCUGAUCCUUACAUUAAGGAGCUGGCAUCACAUGGACAUAAAGCAACCCUAAUUCCCGUGCUGUCUUUUAAGUUUGUCUCAUUAAACACCUUGUCAGAUAAGCUUUUCCAACCAGAAAAACAUGGAGGUCUUAUAUUUACCAGUCCAAGAGCAGUGGAGGCUGUGAAGAUGUGCUUAGAAGCAGAAGAAAGAAGGGAAGAAUGGAACAGCUCUGUGAAAGACAAAUGGAACACCAAGUCUAUCUACGUGGUUGGGAAGACAACUGCUGCAUUAGUACGAAAUUUGGGUCUGAACCCUUUGGGCGAGGACACAGGGACAGCAGAGGUCCUAUCACGUGUUAUCAUUGAACGAGAGGACACAAAUAUUCCACCACUUUUUUUCCCCUGUGGCUCAAUCAAAAGAGAAGUCUUGCCUACGGCUUUAAGGGACAAUGGAGUGCCCCUAGAGACGCUGACUGUCUAUCAAACAGCUGAACAUCCAGAUCUGGAGAAAAAUCUAACGAACUAUUUCACAGAGCAGGGCACUCCAGCCAGCAUAGCUUUCUUCAGUCCAUCAGGAGUGAAGUUUUGCCUAGAAGUGGUGCAGAGGCUGUCAGGUGAACAGCUGACUCAAAUAAAGUUUGCAGCCAUAGGGCCUACUACACAAGACGCUAUGACUGCAGAAGGCCUGUGUGUCAGGUGUACUGCAGAAAAGCCAACACCUGAACACUUGGCAGCAACAAUAGCCAAAGCUCUACAGUAACCACCCACAGGCUCUUGAAUCCAUCCACUUUAUCUUCUCUCUUUGUAUAUUCUGUAUUAUUUAUGUGUAUUGUCAUUUAUCUGUUUUAAUUUGAUGCCUGUCUUAGCAGUUUUAUAUGUACAUCAGCUAAUUUGCACUGAGAAAAAGUAGCUUUCUGUGCCAUAAAAGCCUCAAAAAUGUAAAUUUAUGUAAUUAAAAUUCUACUUAUGUUAAGCUUGCUCAAGAAAGUCAAUGUAGUGUUUGUUUUUGAAAAUAAACUUUGGUCAGUGUGAUGAUA